AUGGCGUUCGUGUCUAUCAUUGGCAGAAGUACCCUUCAACUCGACUGUAUCUCUUGUUGGACCAGCUCUGGAGGCAGCACGGACAAAUUGUACGAAAAUGCCUUUGAAGCAGGAGUUAUGGAACAGUCUGGACCUAGACAAUUAUAUGAAAGGAUAUGUCGGUGGCGAGACUAUGCCAUUACUACCAACAUGACCAACUUCGUGUGCGGAAUUGGAGCACCUUGUGAUGCGGGACAAAUAUGUAGUAGUGCAAAACCUCCUGAUUGGUACAUCCUGGUGGCCACUCAAAAUUGGAGUCAGCUGAUGAACGAUCUAUACACUUCUUUGGCUUAUGGAAUUGGGACAGUGCAAGACAUCGCCCCCUCUAUGGUCACAGACCUUUGUCCUGAAAGGAGUGCACUUCCAGUAGAAUCUGCAACCUGGCUCGGUCUAGUGGCUGCUUUCUCAGGGGCUUUGCCUGGUAUGAUUUUCCCGGGAAUGGGCGUCUGGAUUUGGGUCGGUCUACAAGGUGUUCUAUAUACAACUGCUUCAGAAAUCUGGUUUUAUCAGAACGUCAUUCGUGCACCGCCUGACGUCGUCAGUGGAUACACAAAGUGGACAAAUUUUGCUUGGAUGCUUUCAACGAUGCAAGACCAAGCCCAAGAGCGUAUCUCAAACUACACAAGGAACGUUCUGAGUGCUGGAAUCAGUUCUGAUGAUGGGAUGUACGGGGUCCUGAAAAAUGGUAUAUUCCUAGAGCGACCACUCAAGAGGCCACAGUUUGAGAUACAAACAAGUUUUGAAAAUAUCGUCAGAUUGAAAUUAUUAGGGGCUAUCAUGCGCGCACAGAACAUAUACAUUACCCGAGGAAGUGACCCUUGCGUUCAUUCAGGAGCUGGGGGUGCAUUUGACAACAAGGGUGUACUGUCAUACUGCGGAAAAGAUAACGUGAUGAUGAAUAUAGUUCAGGCUAAAGGAUCUCAUACUAAGAUGAAGAUAUAUGGAGCAGAACUUAUUGAAUCAAAAUACGGAUUCUCAACAGCCUUCUUGACUAAGGCUGCAUGGACAUGUCAGACAAAAUAUGGAAAAUAUGAGUACGAUCCUUAUCAAAACAGAUGA